CUGGCUCGAAGUUACCUCCACAUCGCUGUUGUUCAUCCACAAUGUCGCUCUGUCCACCAUAUGCGCCAUUCUUUGGUUUUGCAGGCGUCGGCGCAGCGAUGAUAUUCAGUACUGUGGGCGCAGCGUUUGGGACGUCCAAGUCGGGAAUUGGGAUUGCAGGGCUGGGCACGUUCAAACCCGAAUUAAUCAUGAAGUCUCUCAUUCCGGUCGUCAUGUCUGGAAUCAUCGCUGUGUAUGGUCUGGUCGUAUCCGUGCUCAUAGCAGGUGGACUCAAGCCGACAGACUACUCUUUAUAUGCCGGAUUCGUACACCUGGGUGCCGGUCUAGCGUGUGGAUUCACGGGGUUAGCGGCAGGAUAUGCAAUUGGUUUCGUGGGCGAUGCGUGCGUGCGAGCCUACGUAUACGAGUCAAAGGUUUUUGUGACGAUGGUGCUGAUCCUGAUAUUUGGAGAGGUGCUGGGAUUAUAUGGGCUCAUUGUGGCUCUCAUCAUGAAUUCACGAGCGUCGGAGGCACCGCGUUGUAUAUAUUAGUUAUUCAGUCAGACGAGAUUCACUGCAAUCUGAUACCAUUGCACACUACA